AUGCAGUACAGCCAGUACGUGUCGCUGUGCCUCGUGGCGCUUGUUCUUGGACAAGCCGCCGCCCUGCCGCAGCAUCCCCAGUACUCGCCGCAGCAUGUACAGCCUCAGCAAGUCAGGGAGGACAGGAAGUUCGCGGAGAAACCGAAUGCUAUGAAGAAAGUUGCGCUUGACGACCUGGAUGACAUCAGUACCAACCAGAUUCAGGAAGGAAGCAGUAGCGGUUUCUCGUGGUCGAACAUGCUGAGCAUGGUGAUGCAGAUGCUGCUGGGACAAACGGGUGGCGUCACCGGGCCCAGCAAGAAUGAGAUCGACGACGGAGCACCGGCUAGCCCAUGGGCGAAUUUGCUUUCCGUUGGUCUGAGAUUACUUACCGCUCUGCUUGGUGGACCCCAACAGCCCGUCGACGGUAUUGAUAAAGUGGACAACCAGAGCAGCACGAUGCAAGAUAUUUUGGCUGCGAUGCUGGGCGCAUUUCUGGGACGAGACAGGGACCCUAAUCAGAUUUAUACCAUGGCUAAAAACGCUUCCGAGUUCAUUAACAUAGUGGUGAACCUUCUGGACGCCUUGAAGACUUCGUUCUCCCACCGUUCCCUGGCGGCGAGAUCAAUGGGAAAACGCGACACCAUUUCCGAGGCUGCGGUCACCACUCUCACCAUGCUCAAGGGCUACGUGAGAUCGCUGAAAUCCUUAAAUAACGUUGGACGCGCCGAGGACGAAGGACAUCGGGGCUGCACGGAGCGAGCCCUCUGCGAAGCCAGCGCAGAGUGCGUCGCGAAAUCUCAAGGCACCUCUUCUGUUUUCUGUCAGUUUGGAUCGUACGCGACAAGCUAUCUCCUGCAAAGGCAGAGCGGUGUAGCCUUCGACGCGCUUUACGAGGCGAGUCGACGCGGCCGCAGCGGAGAAGACUGCAGGACCGUUUUCCUGAACUGCAACGCCGUCUGA